CGAACUUCACUGUUUGUAAACCUUUAUCCGCAGUUGUACGCAGCGCUGUUGUACCUGUAACCAACGGCUGUUGCGCGAAUUAGUCUAAUUAAAACCCGUGAACACAAGAUGGACGUGGAUAUAGACUCGAGACAUGUUGGAGCGCACCGGGGGGAUUUGGACAAUUCGGUCCAGACCGCUUGUUCUUCAAAUGGCAGUGGCGCGGAAGAGGACGAGGCGGAGGCCGUCGGGCGGCCCAGACAAGCCGGGGGCUCUUGUAAUCAGCACGCCUCAGAUGGAGGCCUAUCGGGCGGCGGCAGGGAGCAGGAAGUUUCGGUGGAAAUCGGAGAGAGUUAUUUAUGCCAGAGAGCCGACAAGACGUGGCAUUCGGCCGAGGUUAUCCAGUCCCGGAUGAAUGAGCAAGAGGGCAGGGAGGAGUUCUAUGUGCAUUAUGUGGGAUUCAACAGACGCCUCGAUGAGUGGGUAGGUAAGGCUCGCCUGGCACUUACUAAGACGGUGAAAGAUGCAGUGAGGAAGAGCACCGAGAUGGGUGGCGUUGGGGAUCUUGGGGACCAGCCUGAGAGGAAGAUAACCCGCAACCAGAAGCGCAAGCAUGAUGAGAUCAACCACGUACAGAAGACAUACGCUGAGAUGGAUCCAACAACAGCUGCCCUAGAGAAGGAGCAUGAGGCGAUCACCAAAGUGAAAUAUGUGGAUAAGAUCCAGAUAGGAAACUUUGAGAUUGAUGCGUGGUACUUCUCUCCAUUUCCUGAGGACUAUGGCAAGCAGCCCAAGCUGUGGAUCUGCGAAUACUGCCUCAAGUACAUGAAGUAUGAGAAGACGUUCAGAUACCAUCUGUCCCACUGUCAGUGGAAGCAGCCCCCAGGCAAGGAGAUCUACAGAAGAAGCAACAUCUCAGUGUAUGAAGUGGAUGGACGUGACCACAAGAUUUAUUGUCAGAAUCUUUGUCUACUAGCCAAGCUCUUCCUGGACCAUAAGACACUGUACUUUGACGUUGAGCCCUUUAUCUUCUACAUCCUCACUGAAGUCAACAGACAUGGAGCACACAUAGUUGGCUACUUUUCCAAAGAAAAAGAGUCUCCAGAUGGAAAUAAUGUGGCAUGUAUCCUCACGUUGCCGCCCUAUCAACGAAGAGGCUACGGGAAAUUUCUCAUUGCUUUUAGUUACGAACUUUCCAAGCUUGAGAGCACAGUAGGUUCUCCAGAGAAACCGCUGUCAGACUUGGGCAAACUCAGCUAUCGCAGCUACUGGUCCUGGGUCUUGCUGGAGAUCCUGCGGGACUUUAGGGGCACCCUCUCCAUCAAAGAUCUCAGUCAGAUGACUAGCAUCACCCAGAGUGACAUCAUCAGCACGCUGCAGUCUCUCAACAUGGUGAAGUAUUGGAAAGGCCAGCAUGUCAUCUGUGUGACACCCAAACUCGUGGAGGAGCAUCUCAAGAGUGCCCAGUACAAAAAGCCACCAAUCACAGUGGACACCAUGUGUCUGAAGUGGGCACCACCCAAACACAAGCAAGCUAAGUUGACCAAAAAGUGAAAGGAUGAGUCAUCGAGAGAUAAAUGGAAAUGGUAAAUGGACUGCAUUUAUAAAGCGCUUUUCUAGUCUCCUGACCACUCAGAGCGCUUCACAGUGCAUGUCUCACAUUCACCCAUUCACACACACAUUCAUACACUGAUGGUGGAGGCUGCCAUGCAAGGUGCCAACCUGCUCAUCAGGAGCAGUUAAGGGUUCAGUGUCUUGCUCAAGGACACUUCAACACACUCUCAGUCGGAGCCGGGGAUCGAACCAGUGACCUAUCCUUCCCGCUCUACCUCCUGAGCCAUGCCACCCCUAAGUGAUGCUGUAUUUUCCUCAUCAGCCAACUUCUGCCUGUCGUUCAAUACCUUAUCCACUUCUUCUUGACUUUAACUUGAUUUGUGAAGUCCUGUUCUAGAGAAGAACCACUAGCAUCUGUCAGUAUUUUGUUUGUAAUGUAAAUAAUAGUUACUAUUCAGAUUGGUGUCUGAUUCCUGUCUCAAUUGUCUGAUUUACUGAAUACUUAACUGAGAUUAAUUUGCUUUUGGCAGUAUGGAAAUACUCCAUGGAUGAUGUAGUAUGAAUAACUGAUGAUUGGUACAGGGCGAUAUAGAAAAUAUCUCAUUAAUCAUAGGGAAUUUUACAGUAUAUCACAUCUGCUUAAAUAUGUCAAAAUAACAUGUUUAUUAAUCCAAAUAAGGUUCCUCAAACUAUAUUUAUGUAAUGUAAAGUCUCAAACCAAAACUAGUUUUCAAAUAAUCCUCCCUCAAAUACUUCAUAUCUCGUUUUGUGAGAUUUUAGGUUAAAGAUUCUCGUAAAUAUCUGUUUAGACAAUGUUUAUAGGGAAAGAGACCUUAAAAAAGCCAUUAACAUUUUCUAUACCUAAGCCAGCCAGAUGCGGUUUUUGAUAUGUGCUUAAAUCUAAUGAGGUUUGGGUCAAAUUAAGAGACAUAUUGGGUGACAUUGUAUUUUACCCGCAUAUUUAAAAAAAAGAAAAAUUUAAACCACAUCGGGCUGCUUGUUUGAGGAGUGAUGUGUGAGGAGCGCUGCACCACGCCGGGCUCUCCACAGGAACCGCAGUGGCAGUUUGGCCAAGUGGGUGCUAGGCCGCACAGGUACAUUAAUUUUGGUCAACAGCUGUGGAAAGAGGGAUUGUUGAUCAAGUUAGAAAAAAUGGGAAUACCUGGAAGAACUUUUAAUUGGAUCAAAAUUUUUUUAUUUGUAUUCAAGUUAAAAUUGGAACAGCAUUAUCUAA